UUAUAUUGUCAGAUAUUGUUUACUUUCACGUACUUAGAAGGGUCUUUUGUGAAUGGUCAGUGAAUGACUUGGAUGUUGUUUCUGUUGUGGCUACGUUCAUUGGUUAAAGUCAAAGGAAUUGCUCAAAAAUGCCGAGUCAAGAGGUUGUAACUACAAAAGUAGUCGUGCACCCUUUAGUUUUAUUAAGUGUGGUGGAUCAUUUUAAUCGUAUGGGAAAAAUUGGCAAUCAGAAGAGAGUUGUUGGUGUUCUUUUGGGAUGUUGGAGGGCUAAAGGCGUUCUAGACGUGUCAAACAGUUUUGCAGUUCCUUUUGAUGAAGAUGAUAAGGACAAAAGUGUAUGGUUCCUUGAUCAUGAUUAUCUUGAAAACAUGUAUGGAAUGUUUAAAAAGGUCAACGCCCGUGAAAAGGUAGUAGGAUGGUAUCAUACUGGGCCCAAAUUACAUCAAAAUGAUGUUGCGAUUAACGAAUUAAUCAGAAGAUAUUGCCCUAAUUCUGUUUUGGUCAUUAUAGACGCUAAACCCAAAGAUCUUGGUCUUCCAACAGAGGCGUAUCAAGCUGUUGAAGAAGUUCACGAUGAUGGUUCCCCGACAUCUAAGACCUUUGAACACAUUCCUAGUGAAAUCGGUGCAGAGGAAGCAGAAGAAGUAGGUGUAGAACAUUUACUAAGAGAUAUUAAGGACACCACAGUUGGUACCCUUAGUCAAAGAAUUACAAAUCAACUACUAGGUUUAAAAGGUCUUCAUGAACAAAUUAGAGAAAUUAGAGAUUAUUUGCUACAAGUUGGUAAUGGAAAAUUACCUAUUAAUCAUCAGAUUGUUUAUCAACUACAAGAUAUUUUUAAUUUACUGCCCGAUAUGACACAAAGUAGCUUUGUUGAUUCAUUAUACGUGAAAACAAAUGAUCAAAUGUUGGUUGUGUAUCUUGCUGCUCUCGUUAGAUCCAUAGUGGCUUUACACAAUUUGAUCAAUAAUAAACUAACCAAUCGCGAUGCUGAGAAAAAAGAAACAGAUAAGAAAGAAGCGAAAAAGGAUGAGAAGAAAGAAGAAGAAAAAAAGGACGAAAAAGAUAAAGCAAAAAACAAAAGUCAGUGAAUGAAGUGAAACUAAGACUAAUUUGUGUGAUUGAGACUGUUAACAUUGCAGAAGUUCACAAACGUUGCAGAGUUUGUUUAUACAUGUACAAAUGUAUUUUGUGCUUACAAACGAUUGGUAUUUCAAAUUAACACCAAAAUAAAUCGAAUGUUCGAAUGUUAAAGUGGUCUAUCAUAGUAUGAUAUAUACAUUAAAUAAAAGAUACGAUAGUAGAACUGCAGUUACACAUUUCCACCAUUUAUAGUAAAUAUGAAUUAUAGCAAGUAUGUUGUACAAUUAAUAAGAAUUCUGUAUGAAACUACGUUUACAAGACAUAAUGCAAUGAAUGUUUUCACUGAUAAUUCUUUUCUUUCAUACUAGGAAUGAGCAACUGCUUCAAACUACUUAUAACUUUUAUAUAAUGUAUCAAUAUCGGUAAAAAAAAUUUCGUAAUUUUUUCAUAAACCAAUACCAUUCAAUUGUCGUUCACGGCACGUUUGAAUGUAUCAACGUUUUCUAUAUCAUCUGAAGGUAGCAGAUAAGAUUCUUAUAACACACGAUUCGUAGAUAUUAUAAACAUAUUUUCUAGAGAAGUUAAGCUUUCUUAACUAUCAUACUGCGUUAUUAAUAAAAAUCAAUCAUUCGGAUUUAUAA